GAACACCAUCAAGACCAGUACUAUCACCAUCACCAUCACCAUCACCAUCAUCAACCACAACAACAACAUCAUGACCACUAAAUCAGUUCAAUCAAACAACAACAACACAUCACCAAAACCACAAACUAUCUCAAACAGACAAUCACAACAUGAAAGAAGAUUAGCUGAUCGAUCAUUAAAUCAUCUUCUGGGUUUCACUUUACCUCCAAGGUCUUCUCCUCUUACUUCUCUACCAGCCCGACGUUCAGUAAAACGUCAUGCAUCAAACCAUCCAUUUUACGAUAAAGAUAGAUUUGUACAUGCUCAAUAUCGAUUCAUACUCAAGCCUACUGGCGAUUAUACAGCACAUUUUGCCGAUCCGGAUAUCCGAUUCCAUUGGCCCGAUAUUCUUCAAGUCAUCGUUCAUGUUUCCCGACCUGAUCAUUCGACUCAUGAAGAAAACGAAUCUUCUGGUUUAUCCAAACUGGCAUGUCCGAUUUGUCUUUCACCCACUACAGCAGCACGAAUCACAAAGUGUGGACAUGUGUUUUGUUAUUCUUGUUUACUUCAUUAUCUUGAAUUGAGUGAAGAAAAGAAGGGUGAAGGUCGAAAAUGUCCAGUUUGUACAGAUCCAGUGAUGAAGAAAGAUCUCAAAUCUGUUAAAUGGUUAAACUUUGAUUCAGAACAAACUCAUAUUCGAUUUCGUCUCAUGGAACGUCCUACUUUUUCAACUUUGGCACUUCCUCGUUCUUCAACUUGGCCUUCAUCUGCUAUCGAACCUCUUCAAUCUCCUUGGCAUUUCACUCCUGAUGCUCUUACUCAUGCUAAAUUCAUGGUCGCAGCACCUGAUUAUAUGAACAAUGAGUUGAAUAACGAUUUGGAAGAAUUACAGACAGAACUAGCUACACUCGUUACUUGGUCUGCCUCCGACACUCAAGCUGAUCUAGGCGUAGUCUUUGUUCGAGCAGCCGAUGCAAAGGUACGAGAACAGAUUGUGAAAGUAGGAUUAUUAAAGACUACGGCCGUCAUGACUUCUCGUAAGAAGGCUCUUCGACAGAUCUCUUCAGUUGUAGACCAACAAGAAAAUCUAGAUAAAGAAAGGCUCUCCCGAGCUGAGGAUUCGAUCAGCGGAUUUGUCAGUACGACGGAUGAAGAUGAGGAAGGAGUAGUAGAGCCAUAUGAUCCAACCGAUCCAAUCUCGAAUCGUCCCUCUCCCACGCUAACUCGGAAGAAUGUGAACCCGCCUGAAGCCAGUCCACCACCAUAUCGGUUUUAUCAAGCUGCCUCUGGUCAACACGUCUAUCUCGCACCACUGGACAUCAGGAUCUUAUUAGCCCGAUUUGGAAGUUAUGACGACUUUCCUAAUGAGUUGGCAUUAGAAGUUGAAAGUUCAAAUGAAGGAAGAAUGACAGACUCAUUGAGGAAGAGAUGCAAGUAUCUUUCACACUUACCUACAGGUACAAGUGUGAGGAUUGUAGAAACCAAGAUAGAUGAAUAUUUAAAGGCAGAUGAUACUUGUUUAGGGGCUGCACUUCGACGACGUAGGAUGAGACGUAAAGAACAAUUAAGGAAAGAGGAAAGGGCUAGAUUGAAGAGUGAAGUUCAGCAAGCAAGUCAUCCUCAGACUCUUGAUUUAGGUGAAGAGAAUAAUAGCUCAUUAGGAGAACUAGAGGAGUUAUUAUUUCCGGAAUUCAAUGCUGAUGAACAUGACUUUUCGUCUGAGAAUUCAAUGAGACGAGGAGAAGUUGAAGAUGAACAAGUUAGCCCUCAAGGAGAAGGAAUUUUGAAAUUGAAUGAAAUUCCAAGUGGAUCAAGAACAGUUUGGGGUACAAGAAUAGUGAGAAGUACGAUGAUAACUGAUGAAUCAAACGAAGAUCACGAUCAUGAUGCAUGGGCAGCUGUUUUGAAAGGAGUUAAAGAUGAAGAAGAUCGAGAAGAUCAAAAGAAUAAUAGUAAUAAGAAAAAGAAAAAGAAAGGAAGAGUGGUGAUUAAUAUUAGUGGUGGAUACGGUGGUCGAGGUGGAUGAAGAAUUAUGCUCGGAUAUAAAAGUUUUUUUUGGAUUGAAAGAGUGGUACAGAGAGAGAGGAGUUCAACGCAUCCUUUGAUGAUCUUUUUCUCAAUGAUUUUUUUUCUUAGUGAUCUAUUUCUUAAAUGUUCAGUCUGUUGUAUGAUUAUGGGUAAGUGUUUGAUUGUCUCUAUGUACACGUGAUGUGCAGUUGGUGAGUUAAAUGAUAGUGAUGUGUUUGGUUCUGGAUCAUAGUUGGUUUUAUGGAUCUUAAUCUUUUUGUCUUUAUACCUCUAACUCUUGUAGCUUACUUGAUUGAUUAAGGCUAUGAGAGUCAGAGGGGUUGUUGUAAUUUAAUAAGCGUCACUCUUUUGGAUUAUUAUAUGUACUUCUCCAUUAUAUUCAAUGAUUCUGAGAUUCAAAUGCUUUUUGCAUUUUGAAGUAUUUAUUUAAAUAUUGUCUGAUC